CUUGACAGUUGUGUUAGAGGCGAUGCAGGGGACUUAAGGCCGCCAGAGGAGACACCGCAUUUUCAAAGGAAUAUACCUCGCCAGACACAAUGACGGAAAAUAAAGGAUAGAGUGGAUGUUGAGGAAACCGGAUAUAAGCUAUAAGGCCCGGACCGUGAGUGCUUGGAGUCACCCAGCUCAAAUCUCAGCAACCCCAGUGACAGGACAUCGGUAGCCGACUUCCCGGCUUUGCUAGCCCCGCAGUCCCUUCCUCUUUAAUCCCCCCCCACCACCACCACCCCCAGCUCCAGAACCGUGGAUGUCUGAUUUUUUCUUUUCCUAUCACAAAACAAAAACUUGCCCCUGUCAGACGGAUCUCAACUGAGCGUACAACACCUGUCUGCUUUCAAUCAAGUACUGAAGGUAUGACCUGCUAGUCCUCUGCUGCGAAUCUGACCGCUAGGUAUCAAGCUAGCGUCAUCCGGAGUUGGAUGGGACACCCACAGCAUCUCCUGCAACCCGGGACGCGUUGCUGGAGCCUUCCUCCGCACGGGAACGCCAACUAACGAGGAAGUGGCUUGGGGAAAAAAAAAAAAGAAAAAAAAAAAGAAAAAUGUCGAGGUAACAUUGUCUCUCAUCCGCCCCAGCGUCGCAGGUGCCACAACGGGACAGCUUUUAGAUGCCAAAUGUGAUGACCGCACUGAGCUUGCACCAUGUAUGUGGCCGGCCGCGUCUGUCUCCAGCCUUGCGGAUGACGCUCACUCGGGCACCGGGGGUCGAGAGCAGUCAGCAGCAGCAGCAGCAGCAGCAGCAGCGGCGGCGCGGAUACACCGUCGCCGGGUAGUUGCUGUGAGACUCGGACGUGAGCCCUGCUAGCGGCAAGCUAAGGAGGCUAACAGCACAAUAUUUUUGCAACAACAACAAACAAAAAAAAGAGACCCAAACAACUACCUACACCAAUGGUAUCCCAUAAGGUUUUAGUCGCAAUAAUAUUACUAAAUGUGUAUAUAGGUGUACAGUCUGUUUUUUACUUUUUCGGCGGCGUCAUUUUAACGGUCCUGUUUGCUAUGGCAUUUUUAAAUGGACCCAGGCUGCUGGACUGGGCGAAUUCUCCUCCCCAUCUUCAGUUUAAUAAAUACGUCCUGACGGGAUACCGGCCAAGCUCCUCUGUGCAAGACUGCAUCAGAAGCCUCUUCUACCUGCACAAUGAACUCGGAAACAUAUACACUCACGGCAUCCCUCUGGUUUGCUUCCUGGUGCUGCUGCCUCUCAACAUUCCCUGGUCCCAGAUCAGCGUCACCUGGUUGGGCGUGGUCCACUUCCUGGCUUGCCUGUCGCCUCAGCUGGGCUCCGUGCUCUACCACCUCUUCAUGAACCACGAGGGAGGCGAGCCCGUCUACCACACCCUCCUCAAACUGGACGUGUGUGGAAUCUGCAUGAUCAACACGCUGGGGGCGCUGCCCAUCGUCUACAGCACGUUGCUGUGCUACCCGUUCAUCCGCACCGUGGCCCUCUUAGUCUACAUCCUGCUCUCCAGCCACGCCAUCUACUGUGCCGUCACGGCUCGGAGCAGCGUUCGCCGGCUGCGCUCCUUUGCCUGGCAAGCGCUUUUCCGCUUCUCCUUCUUCCUGCUGCGCUGGGUGGGCGUCGGCGGCGGCAGCCCCACGUCGCUACGCCACUUCCUCACGAUGGACGCGCUGGCCGUGCUGGGCGGGGUCAUCAACAUCAUGCGCAUCCCGGAGCGCUUCCGUCCGGGCCUCUUUGACUACUGGUGCAACAGCCACCAGAUCAUGCAUGUACUGGUGGUAGGCUCCAUCCUUUACCUGCACUGGGGCGUGCUGGACGACCUGUUGUGGAUCAACAGCUACAACUGUCCCUCAGACUGACCCCUCCCACAGCCCCUCCCCCCCUCCCCACCCCCAGACAAGAAGCACUGGGGUGGUCAAUGAAAG